AUGAACACGACCGGCGAAGAAGAAGAACCUUCGGACGUCAGUUAUGUGCGACACAGCGUGCUGAAGGACAAGCAGAAUCGAGUGGAGGCACGAAGUAACUUCAGGCUUUCCUCUGGAGAUUGUCAUCAUGGCGGUGGCAUCUUUAUCCCGAGCUCUGCGCUCCCUGUCCCUCUCCUGGCCGGCUCUAUUACCAACCCAGACAGCAGGACAAACGGUGCUCCGGGCCCAGACCAGCUCCAUGUUUCUUACUUGCUCUGGGUGGAGAGGCUUCCUGACUACAUCCUGUCUGGAGCAGAACAGAAAAGCAUGGAAACAGAGGGAGAAAUACACCGUUAGACCUAUAGGCAUGAAGAAGACUGGAGGCAGAGAUCACUCUGGCAGGGUUCGUACACAUGGCAUUGGAGGAGGCCAUAAACAGAGAUACCGUUGGAUUGACUUCCAACGUCUCCGCUAUGAACCAGGCAGAGAGGAGCAGACCUUCGAGGAGAGGGUGAUGGAGGUCCGGUAUGACCCCUGCAGAUCUGCAGAAAUAGCUCUGGUGGCAGGAGGCAAGAGGAAGCGUUGGAUUAUUGCUACAGAGAACAUGCAAGUUGGAGACCUCAUUAAAACCUCUGGGACUAUCGGCCGCAUGGCAGUUUCGGCUAAAGAAGGAGACUCGUUCCCCCUGGGAGCUCUUCCUGUUGGAACUCUGGUCAACAACCUGGAACUGUAUCCUGGGAAAGGAGCCACCUACAUCCGUGCUGCAGGUACGAGUGGAGUGUUACUUCGUAAAGUCAGCGGAACAGCGAUUGUACAGCUGCCAUCUAAACAGCAGAUUCAGGUGAUUGAGACAUGCAUGGCCACAGUGGGAAGGGUAUCCAACAUCGAUCACAACAAACGGAUCAUUGGUAAAGCUGGCAGGAACCGUUGGCUCGGCAUCCGGCCCUCCAGCGGCUUGUGGAAGAGGAAAGGUGGCUGGGCCGGACGCAAGAUCAAACCACUUCCCCCCAUGAAGAGUUAUAUUAACCUGCCUUUAGUGUCUGCCAACUAAAUGUUCUAAACUCUGUAUGCAACAGGACAUUGCAGGAGACGCCACCUCUUCUUUUUAGAUCGAUCAGAGGCAGUGAUGUUAAUGGACAGAGCUGUCAGUGAUUUCAGUUAUGUAGUCUUGUGACAAUGUUUUGGUCUGUUAUGACAUGGAUUUUGUGAAAUGAAAUGAUUUUAACUGUCUGAAGUGUUGGUAAAGAAUGAGGCUUGGGAAGUAGACAUUAUUAAACACAGCUGCUCCUGGGGAGAGCUUGCAACACA